AUGGAUCCUCAAGAGCGCGUCGGCCACUGCCAACCCGACCCAGAUCAUGUCGCCACGAUGUACGGGGAAUUAGGCAACAAAUUGGUCCAACAUGCAAAACGCACGCAAUCUCUCGCCCAUCUCCCGCCUUACCAAACCGAAAUCGUCCGCGCCGUGACCCGCGAAGUGCGCGAUCUAGAGCGCGACACAACCCGCCUCCUCAACCCAUUUGAGGGCUCAUUCAAUCCCUCCGCUGACCCAGCGACCGCCUGUACCCUCCUAGUCGACCACCUAUGCAUGCGACGCAAUAAACGUUGCCUUCUCGCGUACCACCGCGUGCGCACCGAGAAACUCGAGGAGCUGUGCUGGACAGGCGUUGAUGCAUUAGAGCAGCAGCAGCCUAGUGAGGGCUCCGAGGACCGGGGACUUCCUUCGGGUGUGGGUGGACAUAGCUCGCUAAGUCCCGAGGAAGAGGAGUACUUUCGUCAAUAUGGAGACAUGUUAGCUGCGUAUAAAGGGCAAUGGACGGAUAUUGAUUUGACGGGAUCGUUGGAGCCGCCCAAGGAUUUAUUUAUUGAUGUACGAGUGUUGAAAGAUGCGGGGGAGAUCCAGACGGAAUAUGGUGUGAUCAACUUGACUAAGAAUAGUCAGCUUUAUGUUCGACAGGGAGAUGUUGAGCGACUAAUUGCACAAGGUUUCUUGGAGCGAUUGAGUUGA